AACACGUGGUGUUCUCCUACAUGUUAGAAGUGGACCUCUUUCCCACCCCCUCAUUUCGCUCUAUAUAUACCCCUCUCCCCUUCCUCUCUCUUCAAUCACUCACAACUAAAUAUUCCUUCAUACUUUCUCUCUCUACAAUACUCAAAACACACAAACAAACUUCUUUCAUUCUCUCUCUCACACACUAAAACACACACACAAAAAACACACAAUGGCCACUUCAUCUGUUAAACCCAAAUUAUAUGCUCCAUCGCCAAUUAAUAGUAAUAAGGUGGGCUUUUCUACAAAAUCAAUUUCUUUAAAACAGCCAAUUAUUAAUAAAUUAAACCCCACUCAAUCUAUCAUUAAAUCCUCUCUCCAAACACCCACACUUCAUUUCCCCCAAAAAUCCACCACCGCCGCCGCCGCCACACAUCAAACACCUCCGCCGCAAUCUCAAUGGAACAUACUCCAAAAAGCGGCGGCGAUGGCCUUCGACGCGGUGGAGACGGCUUUAACCGCCCACGAACUCCGCCGCCCCCUGCCGAAGACAGCCGACCCGGGAGUCCAGAUCGCCGGAAACUUCUCCCCGGUGCCGGAGCAUCCCGUCGAGCACGGACUCACCGUCGCCGGAAAAAUCCCGGACUCCAUCCGAGGGGUGUACGUCAGAAAUGGCGCCAACCCGCUGUUCGAGCCGGCGGCGGGCCACCACUUCUUCGACGGCGACGGGAUGAUCCACGCCGUGAAAUUCGACGGCGGCGCCGCCAGCUACGCCUGCCGCUUCACGGAGACGCAGCGGCUGGCGCAGGAGCGCGCACUGGGGCGCCCCAUUUUCCCCAAGGCCAUCGGCGAGCUCCACGGCCACUCCGGCAUCGCCCGCCUCCUCCUCUUCUACGCGCGCGGCCUCUUCGACCUCGUCGACCACCGCCACGGCGCCGGCGUGGCCAACGCCGGCCUCGUCUACCACAACAACCGCCUCCUCGCCAUGUCGGAGGACGACCUCCCCUACCACGUCCGCGUCACCCCCGCCGGCGACCUACAAACCGUCGAACGCUACAGCUUCGCCGGCCAACUGAACACCACCAUGAUCGCCCACCCGAAGGUGGACCCCACCACCGGAGAAAUGUUCGCCCUGAGCUACGACGUCGUCCAGAAGCCGUACCUCAAGUACUUCAAAUUCUCGAAAACCGGCGAGAAAUCCGCCGACGUCGAAAUCCCGGUAUCGGAGCCGACAAUGAUGCACGAUUUCGCAAUCACCGAAAACUUCGUGAUAAUCCCCGACCAGCAGGUCGUAUUCAAGAUGUCGGAGAUGAUACGCGGCGGCUCGCCGGUGGUGUACGACAAGAACAAAACCGCCAGGUUCGGCGUACUCGACAAGUACGCCGAAAACUCCGACGGCAUUAAAUGGAUCGAAGUCCCCGAUUGCUUCUGCUUCCAUCUCUGGAACUCGUGGGAAGAACCCGAAUCGGACGAAAUCGUUGUAAUCGGUUCGUGUAUGACUCCGCCCGACUCGAUUUUCAACGAAUGCGACGAAGGACUGAAGAGCGUGCUCUCAGAAAUCCGGCUCAACUUAAGAACCGGAAAGUCAACGCGGAGACCGAUCGUAUCAGAGGUUGACCAAGUCAACCUCGAGGCAGGGAUGGUGAACCGGAACAAACUCGGUAGGAAAACCCGGUUCGCGUACCUGGCGAUCGCGGAGCCGUGGCCGAAGGUGUCCGGGUUCGCAAAGGUCGACCUCUCGAACGGUGACGUCAGCAAGUUCUUUUACGGUGACGAGAAAUACGGAGGGGAGCCCCUGUUUCUUCCCAAAGAAAAUUCCGAUUCCGAUUCCGAUUGCGAAGAAGGGUAUAUUCUGGCCUUCGUACACGAUGAGAAGACGUGGAAAUCGGAGCUGCAGAUUGUGAAUGCGUUGACCAUGGAGCUUGAGGCCACCGUUGAACUUCCGUCACGUGUUCCAUAUGGGUUUCAUGGCACAUUCAUCAGCUCAAAAGAUUUGGAAACUCAAGCCUGAAUUAUUAUUUUUUGUUAGCAGAGGAGAAUAUUCCUGUGGGAUUGUUUUGAAAUACGUCCCCGGAUUCUGUUUCUGCCGUUUACGAAUUUCGAUUUUCUUUUUUUUUUUUUUUUUUUUUAAAUUAAAUUAUAAAUUGAUGUGUGUGGGGGGUUUUAGGAGGGACCAAGUUUGUAGCUUUGGGAUUGUAUUAGUUAGUGGGAAGCUCAGCUGGUUUCUGCCUUAAUUCUUUCACAUACUAGUGUGUGAAAUCUUGUAUUUUUUAGUAUUUUUAAUUAAUUAAUUAAUGUAUACAUACAUAUAGAUACACAGUUUUUACAUGAUAACGAAUGUUGUUUGAUUAUAUUACAUAAAAGCUUGUCUCUCUCUC